AUGCUACAGCUCAAGAACGACGAGCUAAGCAUCGAUCUUAAACGCAGCCAACACGAGUUAGCUGCGUGGAAGGAACGAUCCAUCAGAAAUACUGUCGAUGCAGAGGAAAGCAAUCUGAAUCAUAAGCGGAAUGAACGAGGAAAAAAUAAAUCAAAAUCGAAUGAAAAGAAGCCGGUCAAGCGGGUUUCCUUUUCAGACCUCGAAUUCAAGACAGAGAAGGUUGCCACUCUCACCGCCGAGAAUGAAAUCAAGGAAGAGACUAUUUCAAAACAAGCGCGUGAAAUCAGCACGAUGAAGAUCACUAUCGCCGAGUUGAAGUCGCAAAUUCAGGAUAUGAACUAUCGUAAAGAUCGAGAGCUCGAUCUGGCGCGGGAGGACGCCAUGGGAUCCAUGGCUGCUCUCAAGGAUCUUCCUGAAGAACUUCGAAUUGCUCAUAGAAGAUUGGACGAAGCUCUUGGCGAGAUCAGGUCUUUGGAAGAAAAGAACGCCGAUCUUCAAUUCCAACUCGACCGAACUCAAAAGCAACUGAUCUUGACGGAGCAAAACGAGUCAGAAAUGAAGAUCUAUCACAAUAAACUUAGCGCGGCGGAGAUAAGACUCGACGAAGUUCAAAAAGCGCUUGAAGAGACAACCGAAGAGCUCGAUAUCGCGAGAAGCGAAACGAACCAGUGGCGAAUUCGCGCUGACGAGCGACAACAAAGCAUUAAUGCACUUGAAAGACAAAUUGAAGCUGCUAAUGCCGAAGCCCGGCGAACCCUGAUCGCCGAGCGGGAAAAGUAUGAAAUCAAGGAGCGCUCUCUCCAGACAAAAUAUUCUGAUCUUGAACUGGAACUUACGCGUCAAAAGGGCGAGCUUCGCGCUGUGAAAUCGCAACGGGACGAGCUGGAAGCACGCUCGGAGCACACCCUUGCCGACCUCCGAGAGCGCCUGGAUCACUCGGAAGCUACGAAUCGCAGCAUGCAGUCUUAUGUUAACUUUUUGAAAACAUCGUAUACGUCCACGUUUGGCGACGGGCUCGACGAAUAA